GGGGAAGCGGCGCGUCCGCCCGGCCUCGAGCUCCGGAGAAGACGCGCUUCCGAGCUCCCCGAGCGCGUAGUUCUGCAACUAAGCGAGCGCAGAAAAGUUCCAAAAAGAACCCAUUUUCACGUGUGGCCCUCUGGCUGUCUGAAACAGUUGCCCAUCACGUACCAUUUUGGUGACACAUGAAAGUUGGAUGACGCUACUCACCAACCCACUGGAGGACCUUUCACUUGUGUUUUUAAUGGAUCGUCCUUAAUGCUGGGCUGCAUUGUCUUCUGGAUGGAUGACUGUUGGAAACCCAUUGUCUUAGUCGGCUAUUUUUUCCUCUUUAAGAACUUAUCCUGGCAUUGAGUAAUGAAAAUUUUGAAACCGGACUGGAGAGGUUGCUUCCCGUACUACUUAUGUUUACUCCUGAACAUUCACUAUUCAACCCAGGCUGGCAUUCAUGUCUUCAUUUUGGGCUGUAUCAGUGUGGUUCUUCCUAAAACAGAAGCUCACUACUGGCCAGAGGUAAUACAAGAUUUGGAAAGAAUUGAAAAGCUUAUUCAAUCUAUUCAUAUUGAUGCCACUUUAUAUACUGAAAGUAAUGUAAGUAUAUUGAGUUGCUCCGUGACAGCAAUGAGUUGUUUUAUCCUGGAGCUCCACGUUAUUUUACAAGAGUGCAAAGAUAAGGAAAUUCAAGAAACAGUAGAAAACAUUAUCAUAAAUGCAAACAGCAGUUUGUCUUCAAGACGGAAUGUAACAGAAGGCCAAUGCAAACAGUGUGAGGAGCUGGAGGAAAAGAGUAUAAAGGAAUUUGUUGUGACUUAUAAGCAGAUUGUACAAGGGUUCCUGGGCGGCAAGUGAUUGCCUUCAGUGUUUUGCUGGCUACCGAACACCUCCCCACUGCCUGGGGC